CGGCGUGGGGAGCCGGUUUGGCUAUGUCCGGCUUCCGCGCGUUGGGCCUGUCGCCCUGGCUGGUGUCGCAGACAGAGCAGCUAGGCCUGGCGAGACCCUCACCGGUGCAGGAGGCCUGCAUCCCGCCCGCCCUCCAAGGCCGUGACUGCAUGGGCUGUGCCCAGACUGGCAGCGGCAAGACGGCCGCCUUUGUGCUGCCCAUCCUGCAGAAGCUAUCUGAAGAUCCAUACGGCAUCUUCUGCCUGGUGCUGACGCCCACAAGGGAACUGGCCCACCAGAUUGCCGAGCAGUUCCGGGUCUUGGGGAAGCCGCUGGGCCUAAAGGAUUGCAUCAUUGUUGGUGGGAUGGAUAUGGUGGCUCAAGCCCUAGAGCUAUCGCGCAAGCCCCACAUCGUCAUUGCCACCCCGGGCCGGCUGGCCGACCACCUGCGAAGUUCCAGCACCUUCAGCCUUCAAAAGGUCAAGUUCUUGGUCCUGGAUGAAGCUGAUCGGCUGCUGGAGCAGGGCUGCACCGACUUCACCAAAGACCUGGAAGUCAUCUUGGCAGCACUCCCAGCCAGCAGGCAGACGAUGCUCUUCAGUGCCACUCUGACCGACACCCUGAAUGAGCUCAAGGAGAUUGCCAUGAACAAGCCAUUCUUCUGGGAAUCCAAAUCUGAAGUCCGGACAGUGGAGCAGCUAGACCAACGUUACCUGCUGGUGCCUGAGAAGGUGAAGGAUGCCUACCUGGUCCACCUGGUCCAGACAUUCCAGGACAAGCAUGAAGACUGGUCCAUCAUCAUCUUCACCAACACCUGCAAGAACUGCCAAAUCCUGAAUAUGAUGCUCAGGAGGUUCAACUUCCCUUCGGUGGCUCUGCACUCCAUGAUGAAGCAGAAGCAGCGGUUUGCAGCCCUGGCCAAGUUCAAAUCCAGCGUCUUUAGGAUUCUCAUCGCUACAGAUGUGGCCGCCAGGGGCCUCGACAUACCCACAGUCCAAGUGGUCAUUAACCACAACACGCCGGGGCUCCCAAAAAUCUACAUCCACCGAGUGGGCCGAACUGCCCGGGCAGGCCGAAACGGCAUCGCCAUCACGCUGGUGACACAGUAUGACAUCCACCUAGUCCAUGCCAUCGAGGAGCACAUCAAGAUGAAGCUUCAGGAGUUCUCCGUGGAGGAACACACCGUACUGAACAUCCUUACCCAAGUGAAUGUUGUGCAACGGGAAUGCGAGAUUAGAUUGGAGGCAACCGAUUUUGAUGAGAAGAAGGAAAUAAACAAACGGAAACAGAUGAUCCUAGAAGGAAAGGACCCAGACCUGGAGGCACAGCGGAAAGCUGAGCUGGCAAAGAUCAGGAAGAAGAAUGUCGAGUUUCGGAGCAGAGUCCAGCAGGUCCUGGAAGACAAGAAGCAGGUUGUCCUCCAUCGGAAGCUACGGAAGCGGCGGCAGCAACGGAAGCAGCCGGUGGCAGAGAAGUGAGGCUGCCUCCCCCCGACCCCAGAAGAAGCUUCUGGGGAAAAACUGUGGACAGGACAGGAGGAUGCUGGGAGGCCAGUUUUAUUGAAAUUUUCCAUGAUAGGAUAAAAAGAACAGACUAAUGUAAGUCUAAUAACAAGAGAGAAAUUAGAAGAAAAGAAAGGAGAUAGGAAACUACAAAGCUCUUUCUCGGUGCUAUAUCUUAACUUUUAUCCCAUACAGAGAAAGGCGAGCCUUCCCAACUCUCACCUGGGAGUAUCCCUCUCUCUCCAAGCCUUUCACCCUGGGAGAUUGCUGGGAAUCCAGUUUCCGAGGAAAUCUGAAUAUGGAACUGGGCACCUUAUCUUCAUCAGUUUACCAUGGUUACUUUCUCGCCUAUACAGGAGUAUCUCUCAUUCCACACAGCUGGGACUUUUGUUCCAGUUGCUUUUGACCCCUCAAGAUAAGUCUGUUUUCAAACUGGUCCCUUCAUUACAGGAUCACCUUCAAAAGAAUUCCUUAGUUACAGGACCACCUUCAUUGUCUCUUCAAUGUUUCUACUCUCUUCUCGUACCCACCCUCUGCUGACAGAUUCCGAAAACAGUUGCACCACCCACCUUUUCCUGGGUCCUUUGUGGUUUGGGUCCUUAAGACUGCAGCGAUGGAAGGUCUCACCGCCCCAGAAAUCCAGCUGGUGGGAAAACAGGGUGCCUCCUAUAAAUUAUAAGCCACGGGGAGGAGGAAAUACCAGCGUUUCUGUCUAGAUCUCGUUUGGCGUGGCUGCCCCUCCGCUUGGGAGUUGGGCUGUUAAGUUCUUCAGGAAGAGAAGCUGAAACCUGCCACCAGUGUGUUCGAUUGCAAACUCUCGACACAUUCUCAGGGUUCAGGAGACAGGCCAAAAUGAAAAUAUGUGAGAUAACACCUCUCCUCCUGCUCCAUGCCCUGCAUGGUUGAAGGGCGCCAGGUUGGAAAAGCUGCUCUCUAACCCCAACAACUAAGACCAGUAACCCCCAAACUCUCUGUCAAUAAAUACAAAUUCUGGCGAGUC